UGCUAUAUAUUAAGGAUAUCAACAAAUAGUGAGCUCAAAUCGCACACUCCAUGACAAGUGGGCUGUCACAUUGACGGUGACAACCAUAGAUGAGGAAUAUUCUUACGUUUGCGAGGAAAUUUCCGGGGUGGGUGGCUUGUAUUGGUCAUUGUCAGAGAAGUGAUUAGGAUCUUUUCUCUUAGUAAGUAUCGUAGGUCAGUAGGUCUGUCAGGUCUGGCUGCCCAGAUGGCAGGGAGAAAAAAAGGUCAGAAGAGAGAAUGGAAGAAAUGAGGUAACGCCAAGCUUUAAAAUGUUCCGGUGCCAUUUGCUUAUAGUUCCUUUGUUGUUCCUUUCACAAGUAAGAUGCGAGGUAUUCACGGCCUUGGCAGAUCUUCAGGAACUGCUCAAUACCGAAGCGGUACUUAUACACUCCCUUGAGAAUUACAUACGUGCAGAAGAGUUGAAAAUUGAUCUUCUGAAAAGGUAUGCAGAUAUUUAUAAUAAGCAGCAUAAUAAGGCAACAGAAGAUGUCGAGUCGUAUGUUGCGAAUCCCCUGAACGCAUAUACGUUAGUAAAACGGAUGACAACAGACUGGCAGGAGGUGGAGUCACUGAUAACGACGGACGUUAGUAAAGAUUACAUGGCAAAUAUCUCUUAUGCCAAAGAAAAUAUGAAAUUUCCUACAGAUGAAGAUCUAAAUGGAGCUGCAGCAGCUGUGAUUAGAUUACAGGAUACAUACAGAUUAGAUACCGCUUCAUUGGCAAGAGGCGAACUAAACGGUGUGAAGUAUAGCUCAGAGCUAACAGCAGCUGAUUGCUUUGAACUGGGCAGGCAGAGCUAUAACAACGGAGACUUCUAUCAUACACUAUUGUGGAUGCGAGAAGCUGACGAAAGAUUGAGUAGAGAACAAAACAAAACAGUAGACAAAGGUGAAAUUCUAGAAUACUUGGCAUUUUCUACAUACAAAGAAGGUCGAGCUAAGAGAAUGGUACAGAUGGCUUGCAAAAGCGACGAAGCUGACUGCAAUCGUGAUUCCGCCAACAUAACCUUACUUUCUCACGCAAGCGCAAGAAAUAUCAAUCUUGCUUUAGACCUGACAAACAAACUUCUGGAAAUGGUCCCAACGCAUGAAAGAGCAAAGGGAAAUAAAGUCUAUUAUGAGGAGGAAAUCCAGAAGGGAAGUUACAAGAAAAAGGGAGAUGAUGAAACGGACGAUAUAAUAACAAACGAAGGGGUAACUAUUGUAAGAAAAUAUAUCGUUUUGAGCCUGCAGUGGGAGACAGUGUGGUAGAGUUACUAAACCUUUCCGCCUGCACUUUAGAGUAGUUUAGGGUGGUAUAUUUGCUGUAACCAUUUUAUAUCACAUGGUUAAAUAUUUUCUUAAUCUUUAGUAUAUACUAUCGGGAACAUUAUUAUUCCAAAUUAAUUAAUACACUUACCUAAAUGGCUGUAUUAUUUCCUGUUACUUACUGCAUUACAAAGCGAGACAAAAUUAAUUUCACAAUAUGAAUUGACUACCAUUAGAAAUAAAAAUGGCUUGGUUUCAAAAUUGAAGAUGUCUAAUUCAAAAAUAAUAACGGUCUAAUAAUCACCUCCUGAGUUGGAAAACGAAUUCUUGGAUUGUAUAAAAUUGACGGCUCCUAAUUUCUGUCUUGUGGCUUUUUGAGUUCUCAGGUCUACCGUAACAAAAUACACAAUUUAUUUUGAACGAUGCAAAUUAUAAAGAGGUGGACAAUUGACAAAUAUUUUUUACAACUUAAUGUCAUCAGUUUUACACAUACAGUGCUUUUUAGAAAGGUCUCACCCUACUUUAUCUUUCAAAAUGGCAGACUGACAGGUUGUCAAAGUUGAGGGCCUUUGGAUAUUGAAUCGCUCAACGCAUCAUCAAAAUGUUAUAGUAUGGUAUAUCAAUCCUCUUUCGGAAGUGUCUAUUCCUCAAUGUGCAAUGAAAUAUGAUAUAUUCGCUUUGAAAAAAAUUGUCAGAUUUUGACAAUUUUAUAAAUUGAAUGUUUCAUAUUUCAUUACAAAUAACUUGACCUGUUCAAAAAAUAACUAGGGGUACCUUUUCAAAAAACACUGUAUACAUUCAAAUUACACGUGAAAGCGACCCAUUUUUUUAUUUAAAAAAUAUUGGCAAACAAUUUAUAUUGUGAUAUCAGUUUUGCACCCCUGUUAUUUACGUAAACCAACCCUGUAUAGCUUCGCACCAUCUCAACUUACCAACUUAUUUAACAUCUAGUAGAUCUGUUAAACCUAACAUUGUCUGAUGAUAUGCGACCUUUAGAUACUCAACUCUUUGAAAAGCUAAUAGUUUCACGUUUGCAAAUGUUUAUCACGGAAAACAAAAAAAAAGUUUUUUUUGUUCCUGAUUUUCAAUAUUUGUCAUUUUUUAUUUAUACAUAGUGUAAAAAUAUCUUGUUUUUUAUCAGUUCCAAUCUUAC